AUGGACGGCUCCGCAGACAGGUUGGUGGUUUACCUGUCGUCUGGCAACAAGGUUGCAGACGUCGGCACAGAGCAACUGGAGGAGAUCAUUGAGACAUGGGGUAACUCCAUCCAGAGCCUCAAGAAACUAUUGCAGUCGCGCAUGGGGCAUUCCCGAUUCUGUCAGCGGCUCAUGCUCCAAGAUUGCGUCCUGCAUGACACCGCCACGUUGCAGCCGCCCAUGUCCCUGCAGUUGGUUUUGCUACCGUACCGCGACACCAACCUGACCGACUCCCAGCGCGUUGCUGUCAGGCUCAGUAUCGAAGAGGACAGGGCUAAUGUCAUCGAGGCUCUACUGAAGCGUCCCGAGGAUCCGGACAUGCUGCUGGCCCCUGCAAGCACCGGGCUUUGUGUGGCCGCCCAGCACGGCAGCAUGAGGUGCCUGAGGCUGUUUCUGGAAGCUGGCGCCAGCACAAGCCUGCCUGAUGCACUUGCUGCUCCACCGCUCCACGUGGCCUGCAGCCACGGCCAGCUUGACGUCGCACAGGCCCUGAUCGAGGCUGGCGCUGAGGUGGAUCUUCGCAAUGCGCAAGGAUGCACGCCCAUAAUCACCGCGUGGAACAGGAACCAGAUGGGAAUGGUCCAGCUUCUGGCCGAGGCGGGCGCCGACCUCACAUACAAGUACGAGCUCAAAUCCAAGAGUUCGACUGGGCUGACGAUUCUUCAUCUUGUCUGUGGAAAGGGCAAGUCGGACAAUGCUGCGCUGGCCCGCGCGCUGAUCGAUGCGGGCGCUGAUGUAGAGGCAGUUGAUUCCAAGGGCAAGACGUGCCUGCAGAAGGCAUGCCGCGCCCAUGAUGCAGCGAUCGUUCGGGCCCUCGUCGAGGCGGGUGCCACAACCACCGCCGUCGAUUCGAAAGGCUCGACUUUGCUCCACUGGGCAUGCAGUCGCAAGCUCGACUCCGGCGAGGGGAGUGAGGUUGCUCGCAUUCUGAUUGAGGCUGCGGGGCGUUCCUGCACGGAGCGGAAGAACUCAUGUGGUGCAACACCACUGCAUGUGGCCAUCCACCACUACAACGUGGACGCACUCCGUGCACUUCUUGCAGCUCGCGCGAAUCCGGAUGCGACCGAUGUUGCCGGCUCGACAGCUCUGCACUGGGCUUGCAGCUUCGGCCACUGUGGAAUGGGACGGAUUUUGCUGGAAGCCGGGGCUCGCAAGGAGAAGAGGCGCUGGUGCGACGGUGAGGCGAGAUGGUGCAGCUUUUCGCAUCUGAGAGUGGUAGCGACAAGGAGCAGGCACCCCUGA